AUGUUCCAUAAUGCGGAGACUAAGCCUCCCGUCAAGCAGAGGGUCUUCACCAACCUAGGAGCGGGCUGCGGGCUGCUGCUAGCCCUGCUGGUAGCUUUAUCCUCGCCAGCCUGGUACCCGCUUCUCGCUCUGUACAACUUCUUGUCCCCGGAUUUCGAAGAAUCCUUGAUCAAAGGGUACAAGCGACCAGUCAUUGGGCUGAAGUUGUGCUGGCGAUGCAAGGCUUUGAAGUAUCGACUCUGGGAGAAGACCAGACAUCAUCCCAAUUACUCACGAUUACGAUCUUCUGCUGCAAGUGGAUGUUGGCUAUGCCAGGCCAUAGACUAUCAAUGGGGGGUCGCACUGCAAGAUCACAAUCAACCUCCUGUGUUGACGGACCCUUCUGAGUUGCGGAUGGGGAAGACCCCUCAUUUACUUCUCUGGUUUGUAGACCAUACCAUUACAGCGAGUGGUUAUCUUGACGAUUUGCGAGGAUCUGACUACUACCAAUAUAUAUAUGGUCCGCAACCUCGCGCUUUACAAGAAGACCCCUCUUCAAGACCCACUUUCGAUCUCAUCGAUGGAUGGCUUAGUCUCUGUAACAGAAGCCAUCAUUGUUACCAAGGAGAGCACAGCUUCCCAACUCGAGUCGUUGACGUCAGCGGAUCAAGUCCUCGACUUGUCAUUGGAGAUGGUAUUGAUGCGCCCUACAUAACCUUGAGUCAUUGUUGGGGAAAUGUCCAGCCGCUGAUCACAACCCGAGAGACUCUUGACGACAGGCUUGAGGAAAUUACCUUCCAAUCAUUACCAGAGCUAUUCCAAGAUGCAGUGUUCAUCACGCGACAGCUUGGAAUUAGGUAUCUAUGGAUCGAUUCGCUAUGUAUUGUGCAGGAUUGUGAAGAUGAUUGGGCUAGAGAGGCCUCGAAGAUGGGAAACGUAUAUCGCCAUGCAUACCUCACGAUCUUCGCACUAGAUGCACCCAACUCUCAUCACCGAAUAUUGUCCUGUAGACCUCGAGCAGCUGAGAAGGAUAUCAGUGUGGAAGAAGUCGAGUUACUUGCGGUAGGCGAUAAGCAUGCGAUCUUCAAACAGUCGCCAUUAUGCCACAGGGCAUGGGCGCUUCAGGAGAGAUUAUUGUCCCCUCGAGUCUUGUUCUACAGUAAGACAGAGAUCUUCUGGGAAUGCCUUGCUUGUACUGCACGAGAAGGAAGCAAGAGGAUCAAAGCUUACAGGCCCUCCGAGUAUUCCUACACAAGCUAUGAAUGUCCGGAUGUGAAGAAUUGUCUCAUAAUCCCUCGAGGAGACUCACCUUCAAUGCCCCUGUCCCCUCCUUCAGACUGGUACAUCAUUGUGGUCGAAUACACUCGCUGCUACCUCACCAAGCCGACGGACAAACUGCCAGCGUUGUCUGGUCUGGCCGCAAUCUUCCAAGCCAAUACCGGGUACUCUUAUAUGGCUGGACUUUGGCAAGAAGAUUUUCGCGACGGCCUCUUAUGGUAUGUGGACUAUACACAAAACCAAGUUCGCCAUACUGGGACUGAAAAUCCAGGUCCAUCCUGGUCUUGGGUCUCUUCGUGCCGUCCGGUCUUGUAUGUCACAGUGACGGGCUCUCGAUCUUCAGCUAGAUAUGCCCCUCACAGAGAUCCGAAGCUUGUAGGUUCGAUUUCUACCCAAAAGAAGACAAGCAAUCCUAUGGGAGAGGUCUUGUACGACUCUGUAACAGUGGAAGCGGAUUUCGAAAUUCUCGAACUGCUCAACGACGGUCUGGGUAUCAGCAUCUGUGACAGCACUGGGACGAAGGUUACCUUGUUCCUUGACGAUUGUAAUGCAGUACACCAACCAGGAACACAAUGUCUGGGUCUCUUUCUCACUACCAGGGACGUUCAUUCUCCAAAUUACGGCCGAGACAACGAUGUUGGAAGUAGGUUUAGCGGAAUCAGCUGGACGUAUUUUCUGGUCAUUGUACAAGACCCGAAACGCAGUGGGUGUUGGAAUAGGAUUGGGCUUGCUCGAUGUUCCGAAAGCCGAAGGCUUUUUUUGCAAGAUACCGAAAGGAUGGCAUUCGAGCUUGUUUGA